UCUACCUUAUCGCGGAAGUUUGUGGAGGUGAUGUCAGAAUAUAAUGCAACCCAGUCUGAUUACCGGGAGCGCUGUAAGGGAAGAAUCCAAAGACAGCUGGAAAUAACUGGCAGGACCACCACUAGUGAGGAACUGGAGGACAUGCUGGAGAGUGGGAAUCCAGCUAUUUUCUCCUCUGGGAUCAUCAUGGACUCCAACAUUACAAAGCAAGCACUAAAUGAGAUUGAGACACGGCACAGUGAGAUCAUCAAGCUGGAAAACAGCAUCCGAGAGCUCCAUGAUAUGUUCAUGGACAUGGCCAUGUUGGUGGAAAGCCAGGGCGAGAUGAUCGACCGCAUUGAAUAUAAUGUGGAACACUCCGUGGACUAUGUGGAGAGGGCCGUGUCAGACACCAAAAAAGCUGUAAAAUACCAGAGCAAAGCCCGGCGGAAGAAGAUUAUGAUUAUCAUCUGCUGCGUUAUUCUGGGAAUUGUCAUUGCUUCUACUAUUGGUGGGAUUUUUGGCUAGAAGCCUGCAACCAUCCGAGACUAUCAUUUAUGGGAGUAAGGAGAUGAAUAGGAGCACCAGAGCCACCUGGCCCACUACCCACUUGGGCCCAUCCAAACCUUGUACCCGCCAUUGGAGAAACUGGCGGACCAGCACUUCCGUCUCUAAUGCAUGAUUAUUUGUGUUAACACUAUGUGUUAAGUACAGUGUAUGUGUUGGGGGAGGGAUGGUGCUGGGGGGAAGGUGGGAAGGCAGUGUGUGCAUGACAUGCUCAAGGUUUCAGCAGUUUUGGCAGUUCUACCACCUUUUGACCUCUUCUUGAUGGUCAGAUCUCCUCAAAUCGAACCUCCUUUCCCUUCCAGUGAGGUCCUCUUUCUUCUCCCCAAAGAAGAGUUUGCUACGACAGCUAUGCAGUUAAUCCAGUCCCUGCUCUGGCAGAGACAAGGUCUGGUCAUCAUCAUCCGUUACCAGAACUGUGUCCUUUGCACUGUUGCUUAUAGAGGAAGGGGAGCCUCUUUGGCAACAGCUGUCAGCUCAAACCAGGCCAGUCUUCCUCUUUUUCAGCCAUGGGCAAGGACCUCUUUGUAGUGUUGCAGGCUUGUUCAGCUAGGGUAUUCUGUAUUUUUUUUUUAUUUCUGCAGCUGCCCAGCCAGGAGCAAGAGGUGGGUAUGACCCACCUGGCCCAAAUCUGUGUCUUCCACAGUUCUGGUCUGAGCUCAAUUUCUGUUCAGUGGAAACCUCACCCCCUUUUUCAGCUUCUGAAGAACCACUGGGCUUCUUUUCUCUUGCCUUCCUGUAAGCAGAAUGUAUGUAUUUAUUUAAAAUGUCAUUCAGCUUUUUUGCUUAAAAAAGCAGGAAGGUGACUUGCAACAUGAAAUUAGGACAAAACCACUAAUAAUUGUUUUUUAGACAACCAACUUAACUGGAGGAGUUAACGGUAGCCUUCACCACGCCCAAGUAGGCAUUCUGGAUGUUAACCAAGGGCUGGUAGAUGAUAAAAGGGGAAUUUACAAAUGCAUAUUUUAGAAAUGUGUUCCAGGUGAGUUGCAGCUCCUCCAUCACACAAAACAACAGACCCAAGUUCAAAAUAUCAUGAGAAGCAGCCUUAGAUGGACGGCCCUUAAUAAAAUGUCUGUGGCACUAAUGUGCCCAUGGCAUUUCCUUGGUCCCUACCAGAUUCUCUGCCCUGAUUUAAAAAUAAUAAUAAUUGGAAAGCUGGCACACUGCCAAAGAGCAAGCCUCUGGCUUCAGUGUUUUAUUUCAAAGUUGGCUUUUUGGCCCUUAUAGGUACUGUUAGAAAAUAACAUUAUGAUGGCUGCAAAAAAGGAGAAAGUUAAGCAGGCUGGCAGUAAGCUUCUUAACAAGUUAGUAAGAGAGCAAAUAGAAUACUCACCCAGCUGGUAAAUGGGUGUUUUGUGACUGGCACAAGGGCACCCAUGGUGUGUUGAAACUCGAGUUAUGCCCACUGGAAUGAAACAGCUGAGGACCCCUGCCUUCGAUGAAGGUUGGAAUUGUGUCAACUUUGUGCCUCAUUCCAGAAGUUACAACUGACAAUGCACACACACUGGGUGCUUGAGCUGUGCCAGGUACUGAAACUUCUUGGCCUUGCAUUAGCCUCUUUGUGCUUAAGACCAACUGGGCUAGUCCAGGUCCUGCCACUGUCAAACCUAACUGCCAGCACUGGGUGUGUGACUCUUACCUGUCUGCUGUAUUGUCCAAGAGCAAAAGACCCGUUAUUAACCAGCUCCACCCCUCCUUUUUCUGUGGGCUGCUCCAUUUGAGGAUUUCACCAGGUGGCUCUUGGCAGGGAAAUGCAUAACUGGGGUGCUUUCCCACAUUUUCUCUUAGAGGAGCUGCCUGGACCUACAGUACUUCUGAUGACAAAAGAGGCUGGGUGGGUCAUCUUCCCCCUUUUAUAUGCCACAGGCUGCCUCCUUUACUUAUUCCAGGCUACACGGAAACUGCCAAACCUUCACCCCCACAGCCCUGCUCCCUAGUCUUAACUUAGCUCUUCCAGCUGCUUCACAGCACCAGCAGUAUCUUUCAUACAGUAAUACAGUAACACUCUGGACCAAGAACCUGCUCUCCUAUCCUCCCCCAAGGGAUGCUUGCUUCUCAUCAGCUUUUGCCAUAGUCAGAACUGGCUCCUUGGGGAGCAAGGAACCAGUGGAGUCUGCUCAAGGACAGAGAGGGCUUACAUAGCCCUCACUGCGGGAAUCGUUCAGGAUGGUGUAGCACGGCACAGAUGGGCUUCAAAACCAUUUGUGCAACCUUACAAUUCCAGAACUAAAACGGGGUUAGGUAAGGUCCACCCUUAGAAGACUGGUUGCUGAGAGAUGGGCUCCUCCUGGCCGACAGGCAGUUGUCUUUUCUUCCAUAGUAGCCAGUAAAUGUUAAAAAUAACCUCUCUCGGUUGAGUAGUCAUGAUCAAGUUUCAGCUUUGCCCACUCAGUUCUCCUGCCUUCUGGGGCUGUCAAGCUGCUUCCUUUUUUUUUUUUUUCCGUCUUGGUGACCUUAAUUAGCUUUUCUAAGUCAGCACAGGGGCAAAAGCCGUGCUGCAGCAUUAGGGCAGCUACUGCUCCUCCCUCUAUUCACACCUUCCUUUGUUGCAUGUCAAAAAAUAGAGCUGUUACUAGUAUGUCUGUGCUUCAGGAAACUCUCCAGAUACUGAGAGAAAAUGUGUCAAUCAUCUUUAAUCUUAAAAAAAAUCCUCUGAAGUGCCACCGUAGUCUCACCUGUUGCAGUAUUCAGCAUUCUUGCAGGGGAAGACAUUUCACCUAUGAUGUCAUUUUAGAGGCCUCCCCAGGAGUUGUAAUGUUGCUGUACAAUGUGAAUUAAGUGCCCUUGUCUCUUGUGGCCCUCAAAUCUCACUUUCCAGCUUGGGGGAUCUGGAACUAUUCCUUAUUGCCUCCUUUCUACAUUCCAGCCUCCUUUUUCGCUUAAUUUGUCCUCAAACCUCUUUCCCCCACCACCUCCUCCAAACUUCAGGGGGAACACAGCUUCCUUUUAUGAAUGAACUUUUAUGUAGAAUAAAGAAUAUUUAUAUCAAAUACACCGUCUUUUGAUUCCUCUGUGAACCGGAACAUGGGGAGGGAUAAGCUGUACUCACACUUGACUUCUGAGCUGGUUAUACAGAACCUAGUUUUGAAAGUAUACACCUCUUGAAUCAUUUAUUACAGCACAUAAAUAUUCAGGUUUUCCUACUACUGGGAAAGAGAUGAGAGCAGAGCCCCAUACCAAGUAACUAAUUUACCAAGACACUUUCUGGUUUCUGAGACAACACGCCUUUUUAAAAGGUCAGUAGCUAGGAAACCUUUUAAUAGUGUUGUGCUUCUUCAUUCAUUUGCUUCUACUCAGCAUAGAGCUCGAAAUAAGAUUUUGUCCACCACCACCUUUUUUUAAAGUUAGGAAAGGUAAGGUGCUGCCUUCCAAAUAUUUCGCUUGAUAAUUUCCUAAGCCCAGAUCUUUGCCUGUGUUGGCAAAACGAAAGGAGUAGUGGUCCAGAAUAGUUGCAGGGCACCAUGAUAAUUUUAUCAUUCCUCCAAAAGCAGGCAUGGAAGUCUCAAAAUACAUCAGGGCCUAUUGAUGCCCCCCCCGCCCCUGAGCAGCUUAAACCAACUGGCAAUGGUGCAGAAGCCAUUUCCAAGACCUCAUUUAAUUGAGAGCUGGGGAAGUAAAAUUGACACAACCAAAUCUGAAGCCAUCAGGAAUAGAAGGUGGUUCUGGCAGUCUGGCAGCAGAGAAACAUAGUGAAUCGACUGGAUCCCAUAUUCUCAGUGAGAAGUCAUUUUCAAAGGGGUUAGAACAAAGAAGGGACUGUGACCAGCCUGGGGGUCUUCAGCAGGUUCUG